CCACCAUUGGCAAUCAAACAAACAAACGCCUUGAUACAUUGCUAAUCACUCAAGGUUAUAAGAGUCUUGACUGUCCUCUAGCAUUCUAUUCCAUACUCCAACUACUCACAUUUACUGCACUUGACCUAGCAAGAAACCAUUCCCAGUACCAGCCGCCAUAUCUACGUUUCAAACACCAAUACACUCCCUCCAGGCGUGUGCAAAGUCUAACACAAUGACGACCACCGCAUAUCUCCCUACACCCGCACACCACCUCUCGAACCCAACUUCCUCGUCCUCACAUACGACUUCCGACGAUGUAAAUUUCCAAGGACUCCCCAUUCCCCGCGGCUCGGUCACCGCAUCACUGUCCUUCUACAAAGCUCCCGAAGACGGCACGCCACCACACAAUUACGUUGAGCCCUUGCCAGGUGUCCCACAGAGGAACUGGGGGGACAACUGGCAGAAUGUAGAGUUACAAGAUUUGCGUGGGCUGGAGCAUAAGUUCUCGCUAGACGAUAACGCUUUCGAUACAUUCCAAAAUGUGCCGAGCGAGGAGCGCGAGUUCAAGGACGAUGAAAGAAUAAAGAGGGUGUAUUAUCCAGAGGUGGAGAAACUGUUGCUUGACAACGUCCAGGGCGCGAAGAGGGUAUUGCUGUUCGACCACACCAUUCGCCGACCCACCGGAAACAGAAACCCCGUGACGAGAGUGCAUAUCGACCAAACGCCCUUUAGCGCCGCUGAGCGUGUGAAGUCCCACCUACCAAACGAGGCCGAAGAACUGUUGAAGGGGCGCUACCGCAUAAUCAAUGUCUGGCGCCCUCUUAAUGGGCCUGUAAUGGCGUUCCCUCUGGCGGUGGCAGACAGCCAAACGGUACAGGACGAGGAUUUGAUUCCGAUCGAGCAUCGGUACCCAGAUCGAAACGGGCAGACUGCUUCCGUUCAAUAUAACCCAAGCCAGAAGUGGUACUACUGGUCCGGUAUGAAGAACGAAGAUCGCCUUUUGCUCAAGUGCUUCGACAGCGAUGAGAGCGUAGGGGCUUGGGGACGCGUGCCGCAUACAGCGUUUGAGAACCCAAACACGCCUGAAGGCGCCGUGGGCCGGGAGAGUAUCGAAGUGAGGGCUUUGGUAUUCGGCUGAUUGAUUCCUGUUGCAAUAUCCAGGUUACACAGACGUUAUAGGUACAUGUCGACACGAGUGCUAUGUUACUCGAUGUUUUGUGAAAGAUGUACUGAUGAGGAACUGUACGGGACUAGUACUCAGAGAAUGUUAGUAGAGGUUUUCUUCUUUGCGCAGCUCAGCAUUAGUAGGGGCGAAGCCAAGGCGAUGGCUAAUCGAUUUGGAUCGGGGACUGGCUAGCACCAGGGUGGUCCCCCUUGGGGCGGGAUGGUUAUAUGAACGGUUAUGCUAGCGUGUUGAAUGCAGAUUCAAAGCUUUGAAAAUUUAUAGUUAGUAAGGCACACCUUUGAAGUUUUCUAUUCUUUACGCC